CGGACACAGUUUUCAAUUCACAGCAAGUUGGAUCGAUCACACUCAUCUCAGUCUCCAACCAUCUUCAUCAAUUUUGAUUCUUCAAAUUCUUGAAUCUUCCAUCGAUUGAAACCCUAGAUUUCUGCUGCAAUUGAGAGUGUAUAAAAAAAUGGAGGGUUCGUCGACGAUGAUGGCAAGGAAGACAUGGGAACUCGAGAACAACAUUACAACAGUAGACCAACUUGAUUCAACCUCUGACACUAUCUUCUACUACGACGAUACUGCGCAGAGUAGGUUCCAGCAGGAGAAACCAUGGGCCAAUGAUCCUCACUACUUCAAGCGAGUUAAGAUCUCGGCGCUCGCUCUUCUUAAGAUGGUGGUCCACGCUCGCUCUGGUGGCACUAUUGAAAUCAUGGGUCUUAUGCAAGGUAAGACCGAUGGUGACGCUAUCAUUGUUAUGGAUGCUUUUGCUUUGCCUGUGGAAGGUACUGAGACUAGGGUUAAUGCUCAGGCUGAUGCCUAUGAGUACAUGGUUGAGUAUUCUCAGACCAACAAAGGAGAAGAUAAAACCAUGAAUCAUGGCUAUUUUGCAAUUGCAAGAUAA